AAAUUAUUCUAGGAAAAGAUUGAGAAAAUUAUUUGUGAAAUCAAAACAGAAAACACGUCUUUUGGGACGAUGAAAUGAGAAAGUAACGGUCAUACACACAAAUCAAAAUCUUGAGUUUUCACCAAAUUUCGUGAUUCUCGUAUGAGGCAGACUUGAAGAAAUUACAUACUCCUUCAACAAGAUAAUCAAUGGAGAAUCGGGAAGACUUGAAAUCAAUCCUUCCAUAUCUUCCAUUGAAGCUAGAAUCCUCAACACUUGCAUGGCCACACCAAGUAAUUGAAGCCCUAAAAUCAUUGUCUCAAGGGCCAAGUCAUAGUCGAGUUGAUUCAGGAGAAGUCCUCUUCCUCGCCAUUUCCGAUCUUAGAAACUCUCUUUCGCUUUCCCCUCACCUCUUAGCUCCCUCCGCGGCGGAUGGAUAUGCCCUCUUCUUCGAUGAGUUUUUGUCCAGGGCUGAAUCAGCUAAAUGGUUUGGGGAAGUUGUACCAAUGAUGGCAAAUUUGCUACUAAGAUUUCCUACACUUCUAGAAUCUCACUAUCAAUAUGCAUACAUGAUUAUGGUUGGGAUUGAAACUGGUCUUCGCUUGUUGGAACCUCAACAACCAGGCAUCGUAUUUCUUAGUCAGGAAGUUAUUGCCGCUCUGCUGUCAUGUGCCUUCUUUUGCUUGUUUCCAAAUGCUAGUAGAGGUGCCAAACAUUUGCCAAUGAUCAACUUUGAUCACUUAUUUCAGAGUUUGUAUGAAAACUACCAUGAAAAUCAGGAGCAUAAAAUCAAAUGUAUUGUACAUUAUUUUGAGAGGAUACAUUCAUGUAUGCCAGCGGGAUUUGUUUCAUUUGAAAGGAAAGUUCUUCCUCUUGAGCAUAAGCAGCCUUUUGUCACUUAUCCCACUGCUGACUAUUGGGCCAAUUCUGCAGUUCCUCUCUGCCGGUUUGAGAUCUGCUCUUCAGGCAUGAUAGAGGACCAAUCUAGAGAUGCUGUCGAAGUUGAUUUUGCAAACAAGUAUCUUGGUGGCGGUUCUCUGUCUAGAGGUUGUGUUCAGGAGGAGAUUCGUUUUAUGCUCAAUCCUGAACUGAUUGCUGGCAUGCUAUUUUUGCCUUCCAUGUCAGACAAUGAGGCAAUAGAAAUUGUUGGCACGGAACGGUUCUCAAAUUACUCAGGGUAUGCCUCUACAUUUCGUUACAUUGGAAACCAUGUGGACACAAGAGACGUAGAUUCUUUGGGAAGACGCAAGACAAAAAUCGUUGCUAUAGAUGCAUUGUGCAGUCCAGGAAUGAGACAAUAUAGAGUUGAUUGCCUCUUGAGGGAGGUUAAUAAGGCUUUCUGUGGCUUUCUGGUUCAACAUAAACCUCAUCAGGAGCAGAACCUGUUGCACUCUAAUAAUUCUUGGGACGUUCGCGUUAGUAAUGAUUUUAUGGAUACCAACAUCUCUGGGAUUCAAGCAACAUUAAAUGAAGGUGGUAAAAACUCUCCAAGCGCCGAUAAAACAGAAGCAUCUCAGAAUGUGGAAAAUAAGUCAAAAAUUUCACUUUGUGAUGUUGGUAUUGCUACUGGAAACUGGGGCUGUGGUGCUUUUGGUGGAGAUCCUGAAGUUAAGACGGUUGUACAGUGGCUAGCUGCUUCUCAGGCUUUGAGACCGUUCAUUUUAUAUUACACAUUCGGAAUCAAGGAAUUGCAACACUUGGAUCAGAUAUGUGAAUGGAUAUUGUGCCAUAACUGGAGCGUUGGGGAUUUGUGGAACAUGUUGGCCGAUUAUUCUACUAAGCGUGCGAAAGGAGAAACAAAGCAAGGCUUCUUUUCUUGGUUGCUUCCCAAUAUUACAGUGUGAAUGUUUGGCCUUGCAUUGAUUUUAAGAAACAAAAUUCUUGAAGUUGUUAGGAGGCCCUUCCGUUGUGGAAGCGUAGCCUAAAGGUGCCCAAGAGACGUUAUCAUAGUUUGAAGGUAACUGGUGAAACAAGAUCAUUUUCAAGUAAUAAAGUGAUUUAAGCAUGACAAACUCAUGCAAACAACAACGCAAAGCUUUGAGAUGGUUCGCCUUUGAUUUGACUACAUUCAUCAUAUUCAGUUUAGAGUAGUUUACUUCAUUAUGUGUUUAAAAGAUAAAAGAGCAUGAAAGCUCAAUACAAAUAUAAAGGAAUUGUAUCAAUGGAAUAUUUGCGUGUUUAUGAGAAACUUAGUAGAGUAGA